CCGGCUCCCAUGGGGACCACAGAAGCCACCCUGCGGAUGGAGAAGGUGGAGGUGAAGGACGAGUGGCAGGAUGAGGACCUCCCCAGGCCGCUCCCAGAAGAGACGGGCAUGGAGUUGCUUGGCAGCCCCGUGGAAGACACGUCCUCCCCGCCCACCACCCUGAACUUCGGGGGAGCUCACCGCAAGAGGAAGACCCUGGUGGCCCCGGAGAUCAACAUCUCCCUGGACCAAAGCGAAGGCUCCCUGCUGUCCGAUGACUUCUUGGACACGCCCGAUGACCUGGACAUCAACGUGGACGACAUCGAGACCCCCGACGAGACGGACUCGCUGGAGUUUCUGGGGAACGGGAAUGAACUUGAGUGGGAAGAUGAUACCCCUGUGGCCACUGCCAAGAACAUGCCCGGUGACAGUGCAGACCUGUUUGGGGACGGCGCAGCAGAGGAUGGCAGUGCCGCCAAUGGGCGCCUGUGGCGGACGGUGAUCAUUGGGGAACAAGAGCACCGCAUUGACCUGCACAUGAUCCGGCCAUACAUGAAGGUGGUCACCCAUGGAGGGUACUAUGGCGAAGGCCUCAACGCCAUCAUCGUCUUUGCGGCCUGCUUCCUCCCGGACAGCAGCUCCCCUGACUACCACUACAUCAUGGAGAACCUCUUCCUGUACGUCAUCAGCAGCCUGGAGCUCCUGGUGGCCGAGGACUACAUGAUCGUGUACCUGAACGGCGCCACGCCCCGGCGGAGGAUGCCGGGCAUCGGCUGGCUGAAGAAGUGCUAUCAGAUGAUUGACAGGAGACUGCGGAAGAACUUGAAGUCCCUGAUCAUCGUCCACCCCUCCUGGUUCAUUCGCACCGUGCUGGCCAUCUCCCGCCCCUUCAUCAGCGUCAAGUUCAUCAGCAAGAUCCAGUACGUGCACAGCCUGGAGGACUUGGAGCAGCUCAUCCCCAUGGAGCACGUGCAGAUCCCAGAGUGUGUGCUGCAGUACGAAGAGGAAAGACUCAGAGCGCGGAGAGAGAGCGCGAGGCCCCAGCCAGAGUUCCUCCUGCCCAGGUCUGAGGAGAGGGCAGAGGCAGCGUCAGAGGAGGACAGGCCUGACCUGGUCACCGAGGAUCAGGAAACGAGCAUGUCCUGAGGUGGCUGAGCGUGGAGAAGACAAAAGAAGAUUCCAGAUGCCAAGAAACCCGACGGACGCCCUCCAGC